AAUCCAAUAUCGUCGAGUUAAAGCCUGCUAAUAAUAAUGAAGAGACUAGCAUAAAUAGGCGAAAGUGUAGAAUAUGUAGUUUGGAGGGUCAUAAUGUGCGAACAUGUCCUAAUUCUAUAGAAUCUGAUAUUUCUAAAAUGAUGGAAUCUGCUAGUGAUACAGAGGAAAGCAAUAUAAAUAAGCGAAAAUGUG